AUGAUGCGAUGUCCAUACAUUUCAGUAUCCAUAGCAUGCACUGACUAUUUAGUAAGUGGACCUGAUGGCAGAGGAACAGAAGGUAUAGCAAACGAUCAAAUAUCGGCGUCUAGCUUCCUUCACAUAGGCUUAGAGCCAUGGAAAUCACGACUGAACGCUACCGUUGAGAGUAAUGCAAGGUAUUAUGGAGGAUGGAUGCCUACCUCAACGGACAAUAGUCCCUACAUCCAGGCUGAAUUUGGAGACGUAUGCGAAAUUCGUGAAGUAGCGACGCUUGGGCGUUACGAUGUCGAGAAUUGGGUUGAGGCGUAUACUGUUUCUUACAGCAUUAAUGGUAGUUCCUGGGUCACUGUGAGCAAUAGCUCUGGACCAUUGAUAUUUCCAGCCAAUACGAAUUCGUCGGAAGUUGUUGUCCUGAACAGCUUAUCGCCGCCUUUCAGUGCAAAAUAUGUACGAUUAUAUCCAAAGCAAUGGACAAAUGGACUAGCUCUUCGUUUUGAUCUCGUGGGAUGUUGUAACUCCACUGGUAUCCCUAAUAGUGCCCCCACUGAUUGCAGCAGCGCACUUGCCACCAAGUCAUACGGAGUACGAAAUUCACAGAUAACUGCGUCUAGCUUCUAUGAAUCUCCCGCUAUUGAUGAAGGUUAUGAACCAUGGGCAGGACGUCUAGAGGCCAAUACAGAGAGGUGCAACUCAUAUUGGGCGGUGUCAAACACAACUGACGCAUAUGUACAGGUUGACUUUCGUCGUAUCACGAACAUCUAUUGUAUCGUGACCAUGGGACACCUGGUUUGGUAUGUAGAGUCCUACAAUGUACUAUACAGCAUGGACGGAUCCACAUGGUACACAGUACUUGACGUGUUCGGCAAUGUUAAGUUAUUUGCUGGAAAUGAUGGUCCUGGGGACUCCAUGACUACAAGAUGUCUACCGGAGCCUUUGGUAGCCAGAUACGUCCGGAUUAAGAUACUCUCUUUUAACAACGCAUUAUUGCUAAAGUUCGAUUUCAUUGGAUGCAACGCUACAAAUGACGUACUGGACACCGCUGAUGAUCACUACGAAGGACAAUAUUGUCUGAAUUACCUGAGUAGUGGAAACAAUCCAGUGUGGGACGAGAGUUUCACGGCUUCCUCGUUCUUUACGAUAUUUAACACCGAGCCAUGGAUGGCGCGCCUCACUUCUAAAUUUGGCUGGGCUCCAGUGAGUCUUGGAUUCGGCGAAUACAUUCAGGUGAUGUUCACUUUUUAUAUGGAAUAG